CCUUGACUAGAUGAUGGCCUCCCUGUCAUGCAUAUCUCGUCGGUGAACUGCAGCCCAGCACCAGCGAAGCAAAAUGGUUCUCGUCCCACCCUGCUACCCCAUCUCUCAUCUCGCUAUCUCUUGCGCCGCGUCCUCGGCGUCGCCUUGUGGCUGUACGCCUGCGAGUAUCUACGGCGCCGCAAGUACGGCCUCUCCACCCGCGGCAUCCUGCACAGAGAUCUCGGGGAGCUCGUCGCUCUUGUUCGAUGGUUCGUCAACAGAUCCUGCAGCCGCCUCGAUGCAUUCGACAUGGCGCUGCUGACCCUUGUCGCGUACGUGGCCAUCUCGCGAGCCGUCAGGGCCAUCUCCGCUCUCACGCCUGUCGUUGUGCACAUGCGGGCGGCCAUCUGCAGGGGCGUUCAGCAAGUCCAGCUGAUGUGGACGCACGUCGUGACGGGAGAUGUGGAGAGGCGGCCGCGGUUUUCGAGUGUGGAGAUCUUUUUGCAUCGGCCGAAUGGGGAGGAGCGGUGUCUGCGGGCGCGUGUGCAGGGGUAUCUGAGGCAGCGGGAUGAUGAACAUACGCCUGACGGAGGCUGAGCGGAGCGGGUCGAGAGGAUGGCGUGUCUGUCUGAACACAAGGGCUUUUUGGUUGUCGCGCUGGUCAGCCAAGCGCCUGUUGCUGGCGGACUCUUGUGCAUGCCUUUUUCGGUUCGUCUUAUGUGGCCUAGCCAUGUUGAUGGGUCCGGUCGAUGCGGG